CUUCAGAAUUCCAAGUUCAAUAAGACGCAUCCGACAAAGAUCGUCAUUCAUGGCUUUGGCGGUGGACGAAAUUUGGCGCCCAGUACAGAUUUACGAGAUGCGUAUUUCACGCGAGGCGAUUACAAUAUUAUAAUCGUGGAUUAUGGUUCGUUGGUACGCGAGCCCUGUCUCUCGCAGAUCUCUUGGGGUCCAGAUUUCUGCUCCCGGUGCAUCGCUCAAUUGGUCAAGUACCUGAGGGAUCAUCCGCGAGGUACGAGGGUGGAGAACAUACACGUCCUUGGAUACAGCGUGGGCGCGCAUAUCGGUGGACUCAUCGCAAAUUACUUGCCCAAUGACAAACUCGGAAGAAUUACGGGCCUCGAUCCGACGAUAUUUUUCUACAUGAACGGCAACCGCUCGAUGGAUUUAGACGAAACGGAUGCCCAUUUUGUGGACGUGAUCCAUACAGGCGCCGGCAUUUUGGGACAAUGGGGGCCAAACGGCCACGCGGAUUUCUACGUAAACGGUGGCUCGAGUCAGCCCGGGUGCGCCACUUCUUCUAUACUCCAAACGCUCUCGUGCGAUCACACAAAAGUGACGCCGUACUACAUAGAGUCAAUCACGACGAAGAAGGGAUUUUGGGCGGCUCCUUGCGCAAAUCUCUUUUCUUACCUGAUCGGAUGGUGCAACCCCAAGAGAGACGAGUAUAUCCUGAUGGGGGAGGAUUCGCCUCAUACAGCACGCGGCAUCUUCUAUCUGUCAACAAACGCACACAAACCGUACGCCCGAGGACUGCCAGAAAAAAGCCAGCGUCGGACAAAUCGGAAGCAAUCGUCCUCCCGCCAGUAUUAAGUCUGUUGAAGCAACUGAUCAACAUAAUUAUAGAAUAGCGUGUAAAUGAAUCAGUCGUUUUAAGCCACGUACACACUACGUCGUUGAAAA